UUUGGCCUCGCACCUCUCCUGCCACCUCACAGCCCGGGCAGCAAUCCCGCCAAACGGCCCGCAAAGCCGCGUCACCAACAGCCGCACCCCGAGCCCCGCAGCCGCCCUGCGGCCCCGCGGAGGCACCGGCCAUUUUGCACAGGUUCCAGGCUGGCUCCCCAGCAGCCGCACCGCCCCGACGCUUCCACCGCGCUCCCGCAGCUGCAGGCGGCUCCAGGCCAGGCGCGGUCCCACCCGCAGGGCCCGGCGACCGCUGCCCGCCCGAGCCCCAGGGGCUCCCCCGGCACCCGCUGGCGAGCUCUGCUCGGCCCAGGAGGCCCCCGGAGCCACGAGGCCCCGCGGCGCGGCCCCGGGUGCCGCCGCCACCACCACCGAGCCCCGCGGGCCCCCGGGCCCGGAGCAGCGGUGACGUGCGGCCCCCCGAGCCGACCAUGGCGGAGACCCCGCCCCGCGCCGCCGCGGGGGUUCCUCGGGGCGGGGCCUCCGCCGCCGGCCAAAGACGCCUGGCGCGUGGCCCCGCCCCUAUAUAAGCGGCGGCCUCGGCGCAGCGCGGGGAGCGCGGCCGCCGGCGCAGCCCAGCCGAUCCGCGGAGCCGCCGCCAUGGCAGACCAGUCUUUCGUGACUUUAGCCACAAAUGACUCCUACGUGAAAGGAGCGCUGGUACUCGGCUCAUCCUUGCAGCAGUACAGAACGACAAGGAAGCUGACUGCGCUCAUCACGCCUCAGGUCUCAGAUCUGAUGAGGAGGGUGCUGGAAAAAGUCUUCGAUGAAGUCGUAUUAGUGAAUGUGUUGGACAGUGGGGAUUCGGCGCACUUGGCGCUAAUGAAGAGACCCGAGCUGGGCGUCACACUAACAAAGCUGCACUGCUGGGAACUGACACAGUUUUCAAAAUGUGUUUUCAUGGACGCAGACACAAUGGUUUUGUCAAAUAUUGAUGAGCUUUUUGAGAGAGAAGAGCUGUCUGCAGCGCCAGAUCCAGGCUGGCCUGACUGUUUUAAUUCUGGCGUUUUUGUUUACCGACCUUCCAUUGAAACGUACAAUCAGCUGUUGCAGUUCGCUACAGAGAAAGGCAGCUUUGAUGGUGCAGAUCAGGGGUUAUUAAACACCUUCUUCAGCAGCUGGGCAACAACAGACAUGAGCAAACAUCUACCAUUUAUUUAUAAUUUGAGCAGUACUUCUGUAUAUUCCUACCUUCCAGCAUUUAAAGCGUUUGGUGCCAAUACUAAAGUGGUGCAUUUCCUGGGAAGCACAAAGCCAUGGAACUACACAUACGACUCCAGAACAAAAAGCAUAAAAGGCAAUGUGGAUGACCCUAAAAUAGUUCACCCAGAAUUCCUCAACAUGUGGUGGGACACCUACACAGUAAACGUUCUGCCAUUACUAGAACAGCACGGAAUUGUUCAAGAGGCUACUACAGGUGGAAACAUGCUAUCGGGCUUGGUCUAUACUCUGGCUUUCUCUUGUGGCUUCUGUAGAGAGGCAGAGGUUACAGAGGCAGUGUCCCACAUAUCAGUAUCAGCACCAUCACCAGUAUUACCAACCAUAUCUUCAGAAGAACGCAAGGAGCGGUGGGAACAGGGCCAAGCUGACUAUAUGGGAGUGGAUUCCUUUGACAACAUCAAGAAGAAACUCGAUACCUACCUUCAGUAGUGCCUGUCUCAAACAGCAGUGAUGCGAGGACUUGUUCCAGAACUAACAGCUAGAAAGGUGUAGAUGUGGUCAGUUACACUUGCUAGUAGCUUGGUGAAAAACUUCUUGGCUGAGGCCUCUGCAGUGCAACAGAUGAAGACUGAGCAAAAGCUAGGAAGCAGAAUUCCUUGGGCCACCCACAACUGCCCAAUUUCCAGUUCUCCAUACUAGAUAAAACCAGGUAUUUUCAGCUUAAAUUUUCUUCUGUUGUGAUCAAUUGGCUCAAAAUAUCCCUUGAAACUGGGUUUGUUACCUCACCUCAUUAAGGUGAUUAGCAUUGAUUCCUUUGCUUGCUGUUUUAGAUGUAAAAGUCUAAUUCAUGGAAUUGCUCAUACACUAGAGUGGUAGCCAUUCUGCUUUACCAUAGAUGUGUUAACGACACUGGGAUACACACAGGUGUGACAGUAAUAGCACUGCUUUGCUCUUCCAGUCACAAUUGCACUGAAGUGUUGGCCAGGUUCUUACGCACAGUGCCUGCAGCGUGGCAGAAUGCAUUUUCAGUUCUGUAUCCUACGGGACUAGUCAACCUGAGUUUCUGUUACUUGCAAUGUUGCACUUGAUAACAAAAAUAAAAAGUUGUCAUGCA